AUGAAUGUCCAACUUCCAAACCUUUUAGAGGAUGCCCUCGGCGGCGGCGGCCAAAAAGGCGGUGGGCGGGUGGUUCUCAUCGAGGAUUGCGUCGAGACUAGCGGAGCAUUCGUGCUCCACCACUUUCUCAAGCGCUCACUAUCCCCUAACUCUUCUGACGCCGUCGUUUUCCUCUCCUUUUCCCAGCCCUUCUCUCACUAUGAUCGCAUACUCCGCAAAAUGGGAUGCAACUUGGUUGUCCAGCGGGAUAAUAAGAGGUUGCUAUUCUUUGACAUGCAAAUGCUUGACAGUGUAGGUAGAGAGGAAGAGAAGACGAGUGAAGAUUUACUUCUUGCGUUGUACGAGAAAGUUCACAAAGCAGUAGAAAUUUGUUUGUCACCUCCCAGGAACAUUACUAUUAUAAUUGAUGAUGUCUCUCUUCUGGAAGUGGCUGCUAACUGCUUGUCAAAUAUUGUCCUUGAUUUCCUGCAUUAUUGCUACAGCUUAACAGCAGAAUUUGGUUGUUCACUUAUCACUCUUAACCAUGAGGAUAUAUAUUCAAGUUUGGAUAAGCCAUCGUUACUUUUACAAAUGGAAUACCAUGCAGACGUAGUGAUUAAAGCUGAACCUUUAUCUACUGGUCUAGCAACCGAUGUUCAUGGACAGUUGACUGUUUUAGACAAAGGACUUGGAGGUUGCUUCAUUAACUCGGGAAAGAUUCGUAAUUUCCAGUUCAGGAUUAAGGAUAAUCAGGUCGAAUAUUUCUAUCCAGGAAGUCGAACUUGA